GAUUGUUUGACGCCUCUACUGCGCCCGCAGCGUAUCAGUUGGUAUAUCAAAACCGCAAACCAAAACUUUUUGUUGUAUUGUGCGUUGUUUUCUGCGCCCGCAGCGAAAUAGUUUAACAAAUUAACGCAUUGUAGCGCGAAAUUAUUGGGAACCUGCGAAGGUAACGCGAUUUUUCUGUGCGCUUUUAAGUGAACGAACGCCAAGUGAAACGUCUUCAAAAUGAUGAACGAGGCAGCUCUGGCCAACAUGAUUCCGUACGACACAAUUGGACUCUAUGAGCAGCCGAAGCCCCGUUUUAUCUUCAAGAUGCCACGCGUGGUGCCCGACCAGAAGUCCAAGUUCGAGAGCGACGAGCUGUUCCGACGGCUCAGCCGCGAGAGCGAGAUCCGGUACACGGGCUACCGCGAGCGAAGCAUCGAGGAGCGCCAGGUGCGCUUCAUGAACGGCUGUCGCGAGGGACACACGGAGUCGAGUUUUGUGGCCUCGGGCACAAACCUGCAGCUGGUGUUCAACGCCAACCAGAAUCCCUAUCUGCACGACAAGGAGUGCGACUUUGACAAGGAGCACGGCAAAGUGCACAUCAAAUCCUACUUUAUAAUGAACGGCGUGUGUGUGCGUUUCCGUGGCUGGCUGGACCUGGAGCGUCUCGAUGGCGUGGGCUGCCUGGAGUACGACGAACGGCGUGCCAUGCACGAGGAUGCGAUUUUGCGCGACCAGAUCGAUCGCUACAACCAGCGGCUACGGGAAUUCGAGGACACCAAGCGUGCCUAUCGCGACAAUCGGCAGGACGAGAUGGAGGCUGUGCGCCGGGGUGUCGCCUCCGGCGGCAUUGGUGUGGGCGCCAGCAUGUGGCGACGUUAGUUGGACCUGUGGACGGCACCAGCGCCGUCCCUGCAACACGAUCACGACCACGAACAGCAGCAGCAGCAUCAGCAGCAAGAGACUCAAUUUUCAAAUACUCAAUAUUUUAUGGACAACUGAAAAAUGCUCCGCCUCGCCCUCUACUGGAUACGACUAUGUGGGAUGGGAUAGGCAUGCUCCAAUACAUAUAUGCUCUCUAGAUUAGUUUUAGCUCUAAUUAAUGCUUACUUUACGUAUCGUAUGCUUCUAUGGUAUUACACAUUAUAAUUUAAUGUGAAUUUAGUGUCGUAUGUGUAGCUACUCUUACAACUAUAAAUAUAACCCACAUAACUAAUCAAGAUGCGCAUGAUUAAUGCUUGAGUAUGUAGAGUUAGUCUGUGACGCAGUGUCGUCCCAUCUGGUGUGACGAAGAGAAAACGAAAGACGUCUUUUGUUUUGUUUGAAUACCAUUUUAUAAUAUACAAUAAUUAAUGACACUUUA